CGCAGCCCCCCCACCAGUGCCCCCCGAGCUCUGCUCUCGUAACCCCCCCCCGUCCCCAUAGUGACUGUCUGGGCUGCAGGCCAGGGGCCGCUGUUACAUAAACAGCCGGGGGGAGCCGCUCCCCCCAAUUAACCCCACAAUGCCCCCCACGUCACCGACAGAUCAACCUGUGUCAGCCCUUGCUUGCCCUGGGGGGCGGGGGAGCCUGGCCUGACACCCCCUCCAGGAAUUUGUUCCAGGAAACCCAGCCAAAGCAUCUCUCCGCCUGCCCCCCUCCCGCCCUUGGCACUGCCAUCCCGGAUGCCUGGGUCCUAUCCCCCCAGCGAUGCCCUGCUGGAGACCUGGCUGCACUCCCCAUUCUUCCUCUCGGACUCUUGGGUCCCCCCGCUCGGCUGCAUGAGGAAAUUGCCCACCCCAGAGAUUCCCCGUCGCCAGGGUGCUGGUGGGUUGGAGCAGGGGAGACUGGGAGCCAGGACUCCUGGAUUCUCUCCCCAUCCCCAUCUCCGCUCCUCUCCAGGCAGAGACCGGCACCAUGCAGACCCUGGCUGGCCCCUUCGCGGGGGGCAGCUCGCUGGACGCCUCGGACCUGCAGGUGGAUGGGGACGAAGUGGAGGGGCUGCGGGAGGGCGAGGAGCCAGGGGGUCCGCUCUACCCCUUCCUGGUGGUCUAUGACCUGAAGCCGCUCAAGUCGCAGGGGCCAGUGUUUGCCAAGGGGGUGCCAGUCACUGCCCGGGUGGAGGGCACCGAGCGCUACACCACCGGCUCCAAGGUGAGUGGGGAUGGGGGGCUGGGAGCCAGGACUCCUGGGUUCUCUCCCCGGCUCUGGGAGGGGAGUGGGGGCUGGUGAGUCAGAGCAGGGGGGAUGG